ACGUCAGUUCCAAUUUAAAAAUUCCGAGCUUACCUAAACACCUCACCCCGAGCUGCUUUUUAUACGAAGGAAAACAAAGGCCGAUAACAUUGGAAUUUGGUUGAGUGACGCUUGAUAUUGGCGCCCGAUUUAUUAAAUGUAGCUGUGUACCUGGGCUGGAUAACGACAUAUAACAAUACGGUGUAAUUUGGAUGGGCCAUCAGCACUCUCCAUGAUACAUCACCAUUAAGUCUACUUUCAUACUUGCUAAGGAUGGCUAGUUGUGGAGAGGUAGACCACUCCGUUAGCUCACUUCCCCCCAGCAGGAAAGGUAGCAGCAACAACGGUGCUGCCGGAAGUGGAAACAGUGCGGAAUCGUCGGGCUCCAGCAGCACAUCGCCGGCCCUUUCUGUACCAGAAUGCGCCAUUUGUCUGCAGAGCUGCGUCCACCCCGUGCAACUGCCGUGCCACCACGUCUUCUGUUUCCUUUGCGUGAAAGGAGCAUCCUGGCAAAGCAAGCGCUGUGCUCUCUGCAGACAAGAGGUGCCGGAUGACUUCCUGGAAAGGCCCACACUUCUCUCUCCGGAGGAGCUGAAAGCAUCAGCUGGGGGUCGGGGCGGGGCAGCGAGUGAUCAUGCCUGGUAUUACGAGGGCCGCAACGGUUGGUGGCAGUAUGACGUGCGGACCAGCCGAGAGCUGGAGGACGCUUUCUCGAAGGGCAAGAAGACGGCAGAGAUGCUAAUUGCUGGGUUUUUGUAUGUAGCCGACCUGGAGAACAUGGUGCAAUACAGGCGCAACGAACACGGACGUAGACGCAAGAUUAAGCGGGACAUUUUGGAUAUUCCCAAGAAGGGAGUCGCUGGACUGCGUUUGGACACCGAGGGUGUCACGGGGGCAAUCGGGGCAGCGGGUCGGGAAAACUCUGCAGAUGGAGCCGAUACCACGGUAACGGGUUUACAACAGCAGGCCACUGGCGUCCCAUCCAUCUCCACAGCCCCUCCGCCCGCAAGACCUCCUACUUCCUUGGGUGGUCAGCCUGACAGCAGCGGCCCCUCUCUGGAGGACGCUCUCUCACAACUGCAAAUCAGCCACAGAGCCGCUCCAUCCUCUGAACGGUCCAGAGCCGGUGAAGGAGAGGAAGAAGAGGAGGAGGAGGAAGAGGAGGCCUCACCCUCCAGGUCCUCUGAUCCUCACACCUCUGUGGAUGAAUCUGGCUCUGGAGACUGGAGUGAUGAUGAGGAAGAGGAUAAUGAGGGCGACGAGGGGGGAGGAGGAGAUGAAGAGCACGUCGAGCCAUCGGAGGAUCGGCCUCGGAGACAAAGACUGAACCCAGAGGACAGAGCCCUCCCCGGCGCCGAGUCCACCUCCCCACCCUCGUCAUCUCGAAGCGGAAGGUCCAGACUGCCUGAUGGUCAGUGUACAGUAACGGAAGUGUGAAGUUAUCGGUGAAAUUGUUCCUUAAUCAGUAACGACCAUGUUCCGUUUCAUUAAUUUAUUAUAUCCUUCGUGCUCUCACUCGCUCUCACGGCUCGCAAACCGCUUUUCCGAGCAGCUCCGACUGACAGUUGCCUUUUAGAGAGUCAUUUGGGUCAGUCCAAUUCUAAGCUUAAACGCCAUCAUACGUGUAAUGAAGACCUGCGACGUGAAGGAGAGCACGAACGGGUCGUUCACUCCCGUAAAUGGAACUGUGUCAUUGUCAUCAACAUGAAUGGUUGCAUUCUAAUAAUCUUUGAACUCUCUCAGCUAACAUGGCACACAAACGGAGCCAACCAUAUGGCUUAUCCUCCCUAACUCCCAAACGACUGCAUUCAUUUGCACACAUUUAAUCAUGACGCCGUUUUCUCACGUUUCCUAGCGCUAACAUAAUUCCACAAUCGUGUAAAAUGGUCUGCCCGCCCUAGCGUCCCCAGUAGGAAUAGGAACCUAAUUCACGUUUAAUGUUUCACAUCUUGGUCAGUCAGUGGAGGCUGCUGCCCAAUCAGGUUGAAUCUGAUCUUUCAGUUGCAGGAACUAUUAAAAGGUAAUGAUAAUUAUAAUCAAUAACUCUAGACAUAACAUGAUAUUAAAUGUAUUUUAACUCUUUGAAGUAAUUGGAACAUUAAUGUGAAGUAUCGCUGUUUGUCAUUUAAAAGUUGUGGCUGCAGUGUUCCCGACUGCUGUUCCACUAAACUGGAAGACGCGUGCAUGUUUGACGAGAGAGUUAUUUUAACGCUGCAGGUUGGAACGAUGCAAUUGGUAUUUUAGGUUUAGUGCGGAUAAAUGUUCUGGUUUUUCUUUUUGUUUGACAUUUGGUUUUAAAUCUGGUAUUACCUGUGACAUGCAAGGCCGUAUGAGACGUGUCAUCCCAAAUCGCGACGUUUUUUUUUUUCAAGUCCUUUUUAUUUUCUGGGCUUAGCUCAUCUCAGACUUUCCAUUCUGAAAAAUAAAAGUUUUGUAACAGUU